AUGGUGAGCCAGGAACACGUAAGUGCUAAUUUGACCCGAGCGCAGAUCAUUGAUGCUGUUAGGUAUUCUGCAAAUCUUCAAAUUAGGAAGGACAUCCCUGGUUUAGUUGCUUUUAUCUCUAGAUGGUGCCCGGACACUCAUACAGUCGUGUGCAGGUGGGGUGAAAUGACCUUCUCCUUAGAAAGCGUGGCCCUUCUGUUGAACCUUCCCGUGACAGGAAACCUUAAUAUCCAACUGUCAGAAGAUGAAGAAAAGAUGCGAGCCAUUUUUCUUGCGAAGUCGAAAAAUUUCGUUCGGAAAGAGAACGAAAAGUGUUUCUAUGGAUGGUGGGUGUCUCAAUGGUUCCCGAAUGAGCUGGAACCGAGUCAAAAGAGUAGUACACUUCAUGUUGCGGCAUUCUUGGCUCUCUGGUUGUCCACGGACAUUUUCCAUGAUGGUUCCGGCAAGAAAGAGAUAAGACAAGAGCUCAUGAUGAUUGCCAUAAGGUUAGCGAAAGACGUAGUUCUCCCCAUUGGUAGCUUGUUCCUUGGUUCUCUUUAUUCGUAUCUGGAUCACCUGGUUGCGGACAUGCGUGUUUCGAACGGUUAUAUGAAAGUAGACUCGUAUGUCCACGUUGCUUUCCUUCAAGCGUGGUUGUGGGAGCAUUUUGAGAAGUAUGCUAUGAAGCCGUUGCCUUCACUUCCCGCGAGCUGGGGUGGCUCCAGAAUACUCUGA